AUGGCCUCAAGAUUGGUUUUGGUCAUCGGUGACCUCUUUAUCCCAGACAGAGCCCCAGAUCUGCCAGCAAAGUUCCGCAAGCUCCUUUCUCCAGGAAAGAUCGGUCAGAUUAUCUGCCUAGGCAACCUCACGGACAAAGAAACCUAUGAUUUCCUACGGCAGACAGCACCAGACCUACACAUUGUCAAGGGUGAUUUCGAUACAGAUGCCACCAAUCUAGCCCUAUCAAAAGUAGUCCAACAUGGUGGACUUCGCUUUGGUUUCACACAUGGUCAUACAAUAAUACCCCAGGGUGACGCUGAUGCAUUGCUCAUCGCCGCCCGCCAGAUGGACGUCGAUGUUUUGCUUUGGGGUGGAACGCACAAAUUCGAAGCAUAUGAGCUGGAAGGGAAAUUCUUCGUCAAUCCAGGGAGUGCUACAGGAGCCUUUACCUCCAAUUGGACCACUAUUGAUGAGGAACCGGUUCCAAGCUUUUGCCUUAUGGAUAUCCAAGGUGAUGUACUUGUACUAUAUGUUUAUCAAUUACGGACCGAUGCGAAUGGGAACGAAAACGUCGCGGUGGAAAAGGUGUCAUUCAGAAAACCCGCUCCAGCUGAAGAGGCAUCCUAG